UCAUACGAUCGAUGAAUUUGAAUUACAGAAACGUGAAACGUGAAACUUGAACAACUUUGUGGAAACAAAUUAUAACAAGGUGAUUGAUAAGAAUGCGCUGGAAUUUCGUAUACACUUUUCCGCAUUGACACAUGUUCAUUCUUUUACACUACAGCAAGUUUUUCUAUACAAUUACUAAAAUAUCAUCAUAGCCAAUCGACUGAUAGAUAACGGUUGAAAAAGUCUUUUCAUAUUCACACAGCUAAAAAAUAUUUCUUGCUCCUUUUCCAGUGUUAUUCCAUGUUUUGCCCAUUAUGAAAUUUUUAUCUGGUCUAUGUCUAUUUUUAAUAAUUGUUUACGAAGUCCAAUCUGGUGUUGUUCGACGAGAAAUUAAAAAUGAAGCAACUAACAGUAGCAGCAACAACAAUGAUAACAGUAGUGCGAAUAAUCCACCAGGAUCGGGAGGACCUCUAACAGGCGCUUUACAAAAUACAUUACAAAGUCUUAUAGAAAUUGUCGGAAAAAUUCCAAUUUUGGGAGAAAGUUUAAAGGCAUUAUUGCAGAGGGUGGUCUUUAUCAUUAUGCAGUUAGAGCUUAUAACAAAUGGAUCUGUCACUCGAUUACUGGGAGCACUUUUGCCUUGCGAAAUCAGCCUUAUCAAUGGUCUUCUAUGUAGUGGGAUCACUCAAAAUGGCGGUUUAACAAAGGUUCUAAUUAAUCUCAUUGACCCAUUGCCAAAUUUAUUAGUUCCCGUAAUUGCCAAAGCCGUUUUAAAAUUGAUUAUUAAAUUGUUAUAAUUUAUAAAACCUCUGAUCAAAAAAAAAUGGAAGCCUCUUCUUGAGUCAAAUAAAAAAGAAGGAAUCAUUCAAUUGUAUAUUAUAUUUUAUGUAAUUUUCAGUCGCAAUUUUGAGAUGAAUAAAAUUAAGCAUUUCAUAGAAAAUUUUAAUAUUUUACCAAAAAAAAUGUUCCCGUAU